AUGCCCCUUUUCAAUAACGACAAUGAUGAGAAGGCGCUCAAGGUCAUGAAGGCAGGGGACAUCCUGCAUUACGACUACCGCCCCGCUGAUCAGCAGAGCGGCAGUGGGGCCAAGCUGAGCGACACGUUCCGCGUGGUGCAGUGGAACAUUGAGCGCGGCACCAAGCUAGAGGCCAUUAUUGCCGACUUGAAGGCUCUUCACGCUGAUUUCAUUGUGCUGCAGGAACUUGACAUCAACUGCCGCCGCUCCAACUAUGUAAACGUGCCAAAAGAAAUUGCCAAGGCUCUAAAAGCCGAGCUGUACUUCGCGUGCGAGUUCGAGGAGCUGGACUCAGCCCUACGGACCCCUAUAAACGCCGUCGGGCCACGGUCGCAGCCGGUGCUGGAGACGGAGGCUUCACCGAACUCUGGGAGAAGCGACGGCAGCACCCUCAAGUCGUCCAAGAGGCAUCACUUCCACGGUAACGCGAUCCUUAGUCGCCAUGUCACGCUGCGCGAGCCGACCGUGGUUCCGCACACCAACCCCAUCAUGUGGGACGAGGCAGGUCAUCGGUACAACGAGCCGCGCCGAGGGUUUCGCAGUGCGCUGCGUGUCCGCGUUGACGCAGCAGACCGCACCUCUGCCCAGAUGGCGCCGUUGUACAUCUACUGCUGUCAUUUUGAGGUAUUUGGCGGAUGCCUCGCGCGUGUGCGACAGCUGGCGGACUGCAUGGCCGACAUGCAGCGUAUCAGACACGUGUCGACGGUGGUGAACGGCACGAAUUCGCGGCAUCCAGUCUUCCUCCUUGGUGGGGACUUGAACACCUUUGCGCACGGUAUUGUGCGCCUUAGUUGGCACUACGGAACAGGUCGACUCCGGUGGCUCAGCUUCGGUGAGUGCGAGGCGUGCUGGCUGCAACGGAAGGUGCUGGGGCGCAACAUGCAGUUCCUGGAGGCCGGUUGCUGCCCUCUGUCGUACCGUUUCCUGGCGUACGCUGUCUCGUGGGCGCGUCAGCUCUUGUGCAACAACUCGCUGGUGUGGCACUACGUUUACGGCUUCACCAAAGCGGAACAGCAGCGCAUGGCUAAUGCGGACUUGUGCCUCUACGACCCCUCGGACAAGGCCACUUCCAUCACGCUUGACAAUGCAGCCUACCACGGCUUCGUGCGUGGGAAGCUCGAUUGGAUGCUGUUGAGCAAUCUGCAGCCGCGCCCAUUCCGCACCGCCCGAGACGGGGCUGAGCCGAUCGAUCUGGCUGUCCUAGAGAAGAACGGCAGCAUCCUCACCACCUCGUACACCGCUCGCUACCUCCACUCCAUCCAGGACAGCUCACAAGAUGACGAGGCGGCAGCAAAGUCCGUGCCGGCGGACGGCUACCUCCUCUUCAACGAAAACUACACUGCCAGCGAUCACCGCGGGCUUGUCAUGACAGUUCAGCAAAACAACGGGCGGCCACAGGAUGUCUACCCGUCAAACGGCGCCCCGUACACAACCAGUCGAGCAGCACUAGCCUUCUUCACUCUGACACGUGCGCUGCCCGUCGCGGCAGUCGCGCUGGGGCUCUAUCACAAGUACAAGACGUCGCGCUGA